AUGAUCAUUGACGGUGACCGGCGGAUUCUAAUCUCCGGCGGAAUUCACUAUGCUAGAGCCACUCCUCAAGUGUGGCCUGAUCUGAUUUCGAAGAGCAAAGAAGGUGGAGUGGAUGUUAUUGAAACAUAUGUAUUUUGGAAUGUCCACGAACCAGUGAGGGGACAAUAUGUCUUCGAAGAAAGAUAUGAUCUUGUGAAGUUCGUAAAGCUAGUGGGGUCCAGUGGGCUCUAUUUAUUUCUUCGGAUAGGUCCUUAUGCUUGUGCAGAGUGGAAUUUCGGGGGCUUUCCUGUUUGGCUUCGUGAUAUACCUGGAAUUGAAUUUCGAACAGACAACACCCCCUUCAAGGAAGAAAUGCAGCGGUUUGUGAAAAAGAUAGUGGAUUUGAUGCGGGUGGAGUCACUUUUCUCUUGGCAAGGUGGCCCAAUAAUUAUGCUGCAGAUCGAGAAUGAGUAUGGCAAUAUUGAAAGCUCCUAUGGCCCUAAAGGACAUGACUAUAUGAUAUGGGCUGCCAAAAUGGCCAGUGGACUUGGUGCUGGUGUUCCAUGGGUUAUGUGCAAGCAAGUUGAUGCACCAGCAAACAUAAUAGAUACCUGCAAUGGAUACUAUUGUGAUGGUUUCAGACCAAAUUCCAAUACGAAGCCAGCGAUUUGGACAGAGAACUGGGAUGGAUGGUACACUAAUUGGGGUGACAAAGUUCCCCAUCGUCCCAGUGAAGAUAUCGCGUUUGCAGUUGCUCGAUUUUUCCAGCGUGGUGGAAGCUUUCAGAAUUAUUAUAUGUACUUUGGUGGAACAAAUUUUGGUCGAACUGCGGGAGGCCCAAAUAUUAUUACUAGCUACGAUUAUGACGCUCCCAUUGAUGAAUAUGGUCUUUUGAGACAGCCCAAGUGGGGACAUCUGAAAGAUCUGCAUGCUGCUAUAAAGCUUUGUGAGCCUGCUCUCGUGGCUGUUCUUUCGCCUCAGUAUAUCAAAUUAGGACCAAAGCAGGAGGCCCACGUUUACAGCGAUAAAGGAAAAAAAUGCUCAGCAUUUCUUGCCAAUAUUGAUGAGCUUAGUCAUGCUGCAGUGAAAUUCCGCAAUUUUACAUACAUUUUACCUCCGUGGUCUGUGAGCAUAUUGCCAGAUUGCAGAACCGUUGCCUUUAACACAGCUAAGCUUGGGGUGCAGACUUCAAUUAAUAGUCAUGGGUCUGAUGCAGCUUCUUAUGUAAAUGAUCCUGUAAAUAUGAAAGAAUUGUAUUAUAUUUCAAGAAACUGGAGUGCCUUUAUGGAGCCAAUUGGUGUGUGGGGUAGCAGUAGCUUCACAUAUCAAGGCAUUCUGGAGCAUUUGAAUGUGACAAAGGACCAGUCUGAUUAUCUGUGGUAUACAACCAGAAUAUAUAUUUCUGAUGAGGAUAUCAAAUUUUGGGAUGAAAAUCAAGUUAGUCCUGUGCUUACCAUUGACAGCAUGCGUGAUUUGGUCUAUAUUUUUGUCAAUGGAGAAUUUACAGGUAGUGCUAAAGGUAAAUGGAUAGAAGUAGUUCAGCCUGUUGAUCUUAUUCAAGGAUAUAAUGAAAUCACACUGUUAUCUCAAACAGUGGGAUUGCAGAACUAUGGUGCCUUCCUCGAGAAGGAUGGGGCAGGUUUCAGGGGUCAGAUAAAGAUUAAAGGCUGUAAAAAUGGAGAUCUUGAUAUCACAGGUUACAUCUGGACAUACCAGGUAGGGCUCAAGGGAGAGUUCCUAAAGAUAUAUGACAUUGGUGUAAGUGCUGAGUGGACCAAAUUGCAACCUGACUCAGUUCCGACCAGAUUUUCUUGGUACAAGACAUAUUUUGACGUCCGUGAUGGAUUAGACCCUGUUGCCCUCAAUUUGAGUAGCAUGGGAAAAGGUCAGGUAUGGGUAAAUGGGAAUCACAUUGGGAGAUAUUGGACUCUGAAUGCUCCCAAGGAUGGAUGUCAAACAUGCGAUUAUCGUGGGACUUAUGAUCCUGAAAAGUGUGUAACAAAUUGCGGGCAUCCUACUCAAUCAUGGUAUCAUAUACCAAGAUCAUGGUUAAAGGCUUCAAACAAUCUGCUCGUAGUCUUUGAGGAGACUGAAAAAAAUCCAUUCGACAUAUCCAUAAAGUCACAUUUCACAGAGACAAUUUGUGCUCAAAUAUCAGAAGAUCAUUAUCCUCCUCUGCAUUCCUGGUCGCUACCAAAGUCCAGCAAUGGAUCAAUUAUGUUGAAUAAUUCAAUACCUGAAAUGCACUUGAGUUGUGAUUCUGGAUACACGAUCUCUCGUGUUGAGUUUGCAAGCUAUGGAACUCCCCAAGGCGGGUGUAGGAAUUUUUCCAGAGGCAAUUGCCAUGCAGCCACUUCAUUGGAAGUAGUAUAUCAGGCUUGUGUGGGAAGACAAAGUUGUUCCAUCAUCAUAUCAAACAACGCAUUUGGAGGAGACCCAUGCCGUGGUAUCGUCAAGACUUUAUCCGUCGAGAUGAAAUGCUCUCCAAUUGCAGCGUCAUUUUCUACUGGCUUGGGCAGUAAUGAAAUGAUUGUCUCGACCUCUGUCUCUUCGUUUUAG